AUGUCAGCAUAUCCCCAGACAGUAGUUCUAGAUGGUUUCAGGCUCGAGGAAGCUCGGCAGCGACUACGCGACGGCGACGAUGUCGCACUACAGGCAUCGCUGGGCGUUCUCACGAGACAGGCCGAUGAAUGGCUGACACAAGGCCCCUGGUCCGUUAUCAUGAAGAAGAAACUCCCGCCCAGCGGUGACCUACACGACUAUACCAGCCAGGCGCCUUAUUAUUGGCCAUCGCCGGACUCGCCAGACGGGAAACCCUACAUCAAUCGUGACGGGAAGAAAAAUCCCGAAGUCCUGGGCUAUACAGACCGCGUCUACUGGGAAAAAGUACACAGUUCGUCCACAGUUUUGGCCCUAGCCUGGUACUACACGGGAAAUGAAGCCUAUGCGCGACACGCAGGCAAUAUCAUGCGCUCCUGGUUUAUUACACCCGAGACUCGAAUGAAUCCUAAUCUCAACCAUGCCCAGCUCAUCCCAUAUGCCGAGACGGGCAGGCCCAUUGGUAUCAUCGAUUUCUCUCAAGCUUAUACCAGCGUACUCGAUGCUGCCGCCAUCCUAGCCACUGACAGCGUCGGGCCCAAUGAUUUUCCCCCACGGGAACCAUUAUGGUCUGAAGCUGACGCGGAGGGGUUCCGAUCGUGGAAUAUCGGUUUUCUUGAAUGGCUGACCAACAGUCAAUUUGGCCGAGAAGAACGAGCGCAGGGUAACAAUCAUGGCAGCUUUGCCGCUAUGCAGAUAGCCGCUAUCGCCCUCUUUGUCGGCGACACGGCUCGUGCCCACGAAGAGGUCCUUGGAGCACGUGCCCACCUCGCUGCAACGAUUGCCCCGGAUGGGUCUCAGCCCGAAGAGCUGAAAAGGACUCGCAGCUGGCACUACUCAACCUUCAAUCUCCUCGCACUGACCCGUCUCGCUUACGUGGGGCGCAAGGUCGGGGUCGACUUGUGGAAAUUUGAAGGGCCGAAAGGGGAAGGGAGCAUCGCCCGCGCGAUAGAUUUUGUGAUACCGGCCGCGACGGGCAGCCAAAAAUGGGCCUUCCCAGAAUUAGGUUUCAAGGCUUAUGCGGCGGCAGAUAUUAUCCGCGUAGCGGCAGAUACGGGCCACGAGAGGGCAAAAGAAGUGACGCACAUGAUAAAAGCACCACCUGAGGGUGACCUAUGGCCACUGAGGCCAGCACCAGAGCAGCUUGAUGCAGUCAAGGUGGAUGAACAUUCGAAGGGGAGUUACUAA